AUGAAUAAACCUCUUUUGGAUGACAAGAGUUCAAUGGAAUUUAGCAUUAGAGCAAGUGCAAGACGUAAAUCAUAAAUCUUGUAUGAUAUUCCACCUAUUGCUUAAAUUUAACUAUUUGAUGUUAGUCAGGAUUUUGAUCCUCUGUUUGAGAAUUAUAUUCCUUAAUAAAUGCUGUCUAAAGAAAUCUAAAUGUUCAAAGCAGAACCAAGAAGGAGCUAUUGCUCUAGAAUUUUAAAUGCUAUUCCUGUAUUUCAUCCAGAAUCAAGUGGAUUAUUGAUUUGGCAACUAAUUGUCGUAAUCAUAAUUUUCACUUAUCUAUUCUAUAUUCCUUUUAAGGUAUUUGAAGAUUGAUAUUUUAGAUAGCUUUCACGGAUGAGACAGAUGGUCUCAACCCAAAUGAUACUACUGGAGUGAAGGCUUAUUUAAUAUUCUCAAUAGUAAUGCUUGGUGUUGACCUGCUAGUUAGUUUUAAUUCAGGUAUAAAAAAGCAAGGAGAAGUAAUAUUGGAUCGUAAAGUGAUAGCAGAGAAAUAUGUUGUUUGGGUAUUGCAUGUAGAAUGAUAUAAAUAUUAGGAAUUUGAAUUAGAUUUGAUAGGAGUAGUAUCAUUAAUGUUAUCAUUACUGCUUAAAAAUGAUUAUUAUCGUAUUCUAUUUUAUUUAAGAUCGUAUUACAUAAUAAGAUUUAGUGAGAAGAUUGAUCAUUCUUUACAAUUAAGAAGCAGUAUUUAUGCAAAAGUUAUUGUAGAUUGGAAAGCAGCUUACACAGUAUUAAAAUUGAUAAUUGUUGUUUUGUUUGUGAAUCAUUUAAUGGCUUGUUUUUUCUUUGGUGUUUCUUAUAAGGAAUUUUAAAGAGAUGAAGCAGGAACAUCUAAUCUUCCAACUUGGAUUGAAUAUAAUGGUUAUGUUGAGAAUGAUUAAACCAUUUAGGAAUUGUCAUAUUGGUCAAGAUAUGUAGUUUCUUUUUAUUGGGCUACUACAACUGUUUCAACUGUUGGAUAUGGUGAUAUUACACCUAAAAAUGAUUAUGAAAUUGGGAUUACAUUAAUUACAAUGAGUAAAAUUUUUAAUUUGAAAUUAGUUAUUGCUGGAAUGGUAUUUGCAUUCAAUGUAGCUUCAAUUAGAGAUGUAAUUGUUGAAAUGAAUUCCUAAGAAAUUAGAUAUAAUAGUUAUGAAGCAGUUAUCAAUCGUUAUAUGAAGAUCAAGAAUAUUUCAAUAUCAACUUAAGCAAGAAUUAUUGAUUAUUAUCAAUAUAUUUGGUAAGAUGAGAAGAAUAGAAAUAGACCAAUAGAACAAUUACUUAUAUCUAAACUUGCACCAGAAUUAAGACAAUAAUUGUAAUAUGAGACAUAUAUCAAUUUUGUUAAAUGCAAAAUAUUUUGGAAUCUUGAUUUUUCUGAAAUGUUCAUUCGUUCCCUUGUUUAAUAUAUGCAAGAAGAAAGCUAUGGACCUGGAGAAAAUAUACAUUUUGAUAUCCUCAAUCCUUAAUUGUUGUUUCUCUAAAAUGGAGAAAUUUUGAUUGUACUUUACUUUUCAAUAAUUAGUAUGUAGAUACUGCUCACAAUUCUAUUAAUAUAAAGACAAGAAUAGAUUUAAUUAAAUCUGGACAAUGUAUAGGCCAAUUGUUAUUCUUUACAGAAUAAAGAUUUCCAUAUAAGGCACAAACUUAAUAAUGUUGUAAUAUGUAUAAAUUGGCUAAAAGUGAUUUCUUAUAAGAGAUUGUAAACUUUCCUAAAGAUUUUGAAAUUUAUCAUUUACUCAUUUCAAAAUAAUACACUGAUUAGUCUUAACUUUUUAAUUAAUUAGAAUUAAAAUGUUACACAUGUUAAUCUGAAGAUCAUUUAGCAGAUUUAUGUGAUGUAACUCAUUAUUAUCCUAAACAUAUCCUCUCUCAUAUCAAAGUUAAAGAUGAUAGAUAAAAAAGAGAAGAAUUUGAAAGAAAAAAACGAUCAUAAUUCAAUUCAGUAUUCAUUUCUAAAAAAGUUUAAUUUUCAAUAUUGGAUUAUAAUAUAAGAGAACGAAAGUUAAAGAGAAUAUCUAUGAAAUAAUAAAUUUAAUUUGAAAUUAUAGAGGAAAUUGAAGAAGAAGAAAAUCAAGAAUAAUAUCAAGAUGAUAUAGGUGAAAUUAAAAAUAUGCUUAAUUUAAUUAUGAAUAAAAUGGGUAUUAAAUAAUAAUAACCAUUCAAAGCACAAAAUGUAUUUAUUCCAUAAAGUAAUUUUAUUUUUAAUUAUAUUUUUAAUAGAACCCAAGUUUGAUCCUUAUGAAACAUCAUUUGAAAUUGAUCAAGUUAAAAAUUAUGAAUACUUCUAUCCAAAAUAUAACUUGGAUAAUAUCAUAAAUAGGAUAUUUUGA